AUGAGUGACGUCAUCGUUUCAGUAUGUCCUAUGCUUGAUUUCGGUGGUUCUCGGAUAUUCAUUUUUGUGCCGUUCAUUGCAUUCAUCAUCGUGUUCCUGUCAGUUCUCCUACUAAAAUCAUGUGUUGUUGCGAGUAAAGCGAAUGCACGCCGUGGUUGGGCAACUCGUGCACGGCGCCUGCGACGUACGUCAGCGUCGCAUUCGACGGCUUCGGUCGAAAUUCAAACUAGUCAGGCUCCGGUGCCGUUCACUCCACCUCCAGGAUAUUAUUCCGAAGUAAUGGUAACGGAUACGUCAGCUAUGUAUCCUAUGUAUGUUCCACCGUACCCGAUAAACACCACACCGCAACUUUCCAUGCGAGAUCCGCAACUUUUUCAGGGACUUCCGGGUUUGCAAGCACCGCCACCAUAUCCACCGCCACCUAGCUAUAGUCAAAUUCAAAACUUUCCCGAGUUGCCGACAGUUAGCUGCGCUCGCCUUGACAUUCGAACACCGUCUCGCACUAACGAUCUUGUCACUCCGUUUCUUACAAGAAUAUUAGGCCAAAUGCAAGCGGUCAGUGCAAAUCUGAAAUGUGACAAACAAAAUGAUGACCAAUAUCUCUACGAGUAUUCGCUUCAAGUUCGCCCCGAUACAGAGUUUGAAGAUAUGGCAGGUUGUGGUAUGUUCUUGGAUAUUUGGCUGCUUGGCCAGCUAGACUACCGUGAAGAAUACUGCGGGCCCAAACAUAUUUUCCGAUCGUUUCCUUCCCUACUCGCAGUCGUUCGUGGUGGUGUUCCUCUUCAAACUACUUCACUGAUCUCGCAAGGUUCUCACUUUGACGCGGGCUGUGCGUACAUGGUAGAAGUCCGUUUUGUGCUUUUUCAUCAGAAUAUGAAUGGAACAGCUCAGUUGAGGAUUAAAGAUGAAUUCCCAUGCUAUAUGACUGUACGGGAGGUAAUUGAUUACUUCCGACUUGAAACCGACGGUGUUCAUCGUGGCGUGUUCGCUCCACGUCUUUCAUACGCUGUCGGAUGUGGUGGUGGGUGUGCACACCAGCUUUUGGAUUCCGAUCUAGAAAAAACACUGGCCGAACUCUGUGACAACGAUGAGCACUUUAACACAAUAGCCGUUAUAGCUGAUUUAACGAAUUGA